AUGCAAAUUGCCGCGUCACCUCUGUUUGUGUGGUUCAUGCUCCUUUCCUGUGGUCGAAUCCAUCAAGUGGUAUUGGCCAGGGCACUCAGUCUCAGAGGACCAUUGCUAGUGUCCUUGGGAAAACAAGGAAGGAGCAGUGUAACGUCCAUUCCUGGUACCAAGAUCCAGCAACCUUUCGCCGCCUCCACUUCCCUAUUUGGUACGGGGAGUCCCAACGGCGACACGGACAACGACGAGGAAAAUCAAAACAUUCUACCAGAUCUUCCCGACGCCAAAGGACCCCAAGGUCGUACGGGUUGGACUCACAACUUGCCCACUGAAAAAUCUUCCUUUUGGGAGAGCGAUACGCCAUCGCCCGUGUCAACUCCGUCACCUACCGGUGCUCCUCGCACGGGGUGGCUUCACAAUUCCGAGCCGACAGAAACGGCCAAGCAAAUCAAUCAACAGCAACAACAGAAAACAUCUUUAGCUCGACAUCGUCUUCAGCAAGCCAUGAAGGAACAACAAGUCAAUCAUCGCAUCCUUACUCCACCGGCAUUUCAUGCGUGUGGAGACAACCGUUGCUUUGCUGUCACGGAACACGUCAUCUCGGUCCCACUCGAUCGUUCACAACAACAACAACAACAGCGUCGACGACUGGAUGUGUACUUUACCAUUGUCGAAAAGGUCACCAAAGACAAUGCUGAUUGGUUGGAAGAAUUAUUGCAAUCGUCGUCGUUGACACCCUCGCAGCGUGCCAAAGACUAUGUCCUCAAGAGUAAACUCGAGGAUGCCAAUGAAAUGGCAGUCUAUUUGCAAGGUGGACCGGGCUUUGGAUCGCCCACACCCAUGGUGUCACUAGGAUUCUCCAAGGAGGCAUCGUGGGCAGCAUCGGCCAUGGAUCAAGGAUACAAUCGCAUUGUCUUGAUGGAUCAACGGGGGACCGGACGAUCGACACCUCUGACCAAGCAAACAUUGGAAUUGCAAUUCCCAGACUUGUUUCUGUUGGACGAAGCAAAGGAGGGAGAGCCAUCGGAAGAAGUGACUGCCAAAGUAGAACAGGCCGCCAAGGAAGUCACCGAUUACAUGUCCAAGUUCCGAGCGGAUAAUAUUGUAAAGGAUGCCGAAGACAUCAAGGAGGCACUCAUGAUGCCAGCGGACGAACCAGUGACGGAACCACGACCCUGGGGUCUCUCCAUGGGACAAUCGUUUGGAGGGUUCUGUACCAUGACCUACCUUUCCACCAUUGAGCAUCCACCCCGAAUUUGUUUGCUCACGGGAGGAAUUGCGCCCAUGUUGACCCCUGCCUUUGAUGCCUACACAUCGCUUUGGAAGACCUGCCAAGAGCGAAACCUGAGAUACUACGAAAUGUACCCUGGAGAUAUUCGUCGGGUCAAGCAAAUUGUGCAGUCCUUGUUGAAGCAACCGAUGAAACUGCCUUCUGGGGGGACCUUGACAGCAAGGCGUUUCUUAAUGCUGGGAAUUGCCCUAGGUGGAUCACCUUCAGCUUUUGCUACAUUUCAUUCCAUGAUCGCAACAGCCACACUGUCGGAUGAUACUGUCGUGUUUACAAGGGCAUUUCUAAAGUACAUGGAUUCGGCACAGAGCUUUGAUGACCACCCAAUCUACUUUUGGUUACAUGAGAGCAUUUAUGGAGAUGGAUCGGACAGGAACUCCCCCACGAACUGGGCUGCUCACAGGGCUUACGAGGCCCUUGCUGCCAGUAACAAGGAAUUCGAUUACCAAUACACUAGUUCCCAAGUGGACGAUGAUUCGCAACCCACGCUCUUCUUUGGAGAGCACGUGUUCCCGUUUAUGCCGGAGGACUUUGCGGAGCUGUCCGGGGUGGGUCUGACCAAAGUAGCCAACAAUCUGGCCAGUAAAACCGAUUGGGGCCCUUUGUAUGAUGGAGAACACAUGCGCAAGGUUCUGAGCGAUGGGAGUUGCAAAGCGGCUGCUGCAGUCUAUCAUGAAGACAUGUACGUCGAUUUUGAUGCGGCAAUGAAAGUGGCAAAACGAGGUGGCCCCCUGGAGAAGUGCAAGCUAUGGGUUAGCAAUGAGUAUCAACAUUCGGGUCUACGCGACAAUGGAGCCAACAUAUUUGAAAAGCUAUAUGGAAUGGCUACCGGUGGGAUUCGCACUCCCAGUUAG